UCAAGCCAUCGUCUCCUCUUGCCGAUCCUCAUUCCUUCUAGCUACAAUGACGGCAAAGGGAUCCACGUUUGUGUCUACCCUUCUGGCUUCUCAUCUGCUGCUGCUGCUGCUUCUGCCCUGGUCGGCCCGAGCCGAUGAUGUUGGUGGAGAUGAUAAACUUCUUCAAAGUAUUAAUGAGUACCGGAAAUCCUUGAACCUAACAACUCUUUCAAGGAAUGCAAAUGCGGCAUGCUUUGCAGACCAAAUGGCCCAGCAAUUCAAGAGCCAGUCAUGCACCAACACGACUGGAUCGGAUACUGUUCCUGGCACUGAGACACAGCUAUCAAACUAUCCUGAUCUUCUAGCCAACUGUCAUCUAAAUAUAUCCAAUACUCGAGAUGGGGUUGUAAUGCCAGCUUGUGUUCCAGGCCUGGUUCCUGCUGUUGUCCUUUCAAACUUCACAAAAUCGCAGUACUCGGAGUAUCUGAAUGACACCAAGUACAUUGGUGCUGGAAUUGCUUCAGAAAAUGACUGGAUUGUUGUUGUACUAAGCACUGAUACAUCUGCAGGAAGUUUUGAGGCGGAUACUUCAGGCUCAUUAAUGCAUCACAAGCGAAUUCUCUCACACCCUUUUUUAGCCAUGCUCUUAGGCCUUCUGUUGUUUACGCUGUGUUGAAGUGAACCCAUGUAUCUGUUCUGUAGCAGAAGCAAUUCCCAGCUUGUUGCUGUAUCUGACUAUGUUUGCCUGGCAUGAAGCAUGGACACCAUUGAUGGUCCAAAAUUAGACUUUUUGACAUUCGGAUAAAUUUACCUUUGGUUCUUUGAUUUUGUAACAUUUUCAUUUUCUAAGGGAGACGCUACCUUUGCCACAUGGAUGUACUC